AUGAUCUUCCUUGACCUCCAGAAGACUCUUGCCUUCAAGCCAACAAAACAGGUCAGGAAUGUGACAAGCGGGCUGAAAAACGUCUACCUAGAGCUGGCCAUCUUCCUAUUGGUGGUCUACCUGAUGAUCCUGAUUGGAAACCUCACCAUACUUACCCUGGUGGCGACAGACCCCAAGCUGCAGUCAGCCAUGUACAUUUUCCUCAACCAACUGUCCCUCGUAGACAUUGUGAUAUCGACGAGUGUUCUGCCUAAGAUGAUAGCAGUGAGUUUGUGAAAUGACGUAACGAUCUCCUACUCAGCGUGUUUCCUCCAGUUGUAUGUGUAUUUGUCAUUUCAAACCGUGGAGAGCAUGCUGCUGUGUGUCAUGGCCUAUGACCGCUAUGUGGCCAUCUGCAAACCCUUACACUAUGGCAGCAUUAUCACUAAGAGACUGUGCGGUCUGUUGACUACAGCGGCAUGGGCAUCUGGACUCAGUGUGUCUGUCUUCUGUGUCAUUUACGCAGCACAAUUGCCCUUCUGUAGCAACAAAAUAAAAUGUUGGUUCUGUGACCUUCCUCUUUUAGUUUCACUGUCCUGUUCGGACACAACCUUUUUGAUCGACGUGGCUCUUGUGUGUGCUUUAAUAGCGAUCUAUUUCCCGUUCAAUGUCAUUAUUUGGUCCUACUUCAGAAUCAUUGUAGCCGUCUGCAAGAUUGCAGGCCUUCUCUACCUGCUCCGCACAUCUCACUGUCGUCGUCACCUUCUACCUCGCUCACUCCUGCGUCUACAUUAA